CAGCGGGUUGCCCGUGUUAGUACGGCUCCUAAAGAAAUAUGCAUUUUAAAUCUGAAGCUUAAUAAUCCCCAAAGAACAGUUUUAAUAAUACUGAUGUGUAAGUAUAGGCAAAACAUAAUGCUAUUAAAAACGAUAUCCGUUUGGGGAUGUGUAAAAACUACUAAUCCCAGGUGGCAUUGCGGCUCCCGCACCUGCGCAGUGAGGUGAGAGAGCGCGCGUCUUGAGCGGGGAAGAGAAAAGGCGCGCGCCUCGCGUCGUCUCCACAUGUCGCGUGAGAAGAGCUGACGGUUUGCGAAAUGUCUAAAAGGAAGAGGCAACAAUCUGCAGGCGGUAAGCGAAAAGGAACGACAAAGAAAAAGAAAGUAACACAGGAGAAGGCUUCGGGGACUGUGAACGAGGAGAGUGCCGCCUGUGGUCAGCAAGCGGAACUGCGCUGUGAGGAUGACCGCGCUGCCCCGAGCAGCGCAGAGGAGAGAGUCGUCGCAGGGAGCAGGUCAGAGAGUGAGGGGGGAGACGGCGCUCACAAACUCAGCCCUGGAGUGAAGGACUGCUUCCUACCGUUAGCCCAGAAUAUCCCCCCGGGCCGCUCCUCCACUGUGGGCUCAUCCUGCGAUGAUGACGAGGAUGAUGAUGAUGAUGAUGAUGUCGCCCAGCCCAGCGCGCCGGAGGAUACCACUUCGGACCAGCACAAGGGGGCAGGGGAAGGGCCGGGGCAGGGAGACGCCACCCUCCACAGUCACGGGGGAGCGCAGGGGCCGAACCACAAAGCCAGCACUUCGGAAGAGCAGAGACAGGAGGCAGAUCCAGAGAGGCAGCAGCCCACUGUAACGGAGCAAGGGGGGGCAGGAGAGGGGGGGCAGGAGCACCUACCCCAUCCCGAGGGGCGCGGAACCCCUGGAUUAAAAGCCUCUCUGGGGUUGGAGGGUACAGAAACGCAGAGCGGUGGUGUUGCUGGUAGUCCACAGGGAGGGCUAGCCUGUUUAUUAGGGAGCGCGGAGGCUGUGUUUACAGAGGGGGGGAAGCAGUCUGAGUCAGCCAAGCCGAAACACGUUGAGACUUACCCCGAGACACAGGCUGAAACAUCUGCCGAUCUGCAGGGAAAGGGGGUGGCGGAGCCUUGCAACGAAGCUGGGGCUCAGCCUGCACCUCCACAAUCCCACUGCGGAACCCCCGGAGAGCCCCCUGCCCUACCAGCAGCAGCAGCAGCAGCAGCAGCAGCCUCCGUUCCCGAGAGAGAAGAAUCUACGAGGCUCUGCAAAGGGGUGAUCCCCAGGCAGGGGCGAGGAGUCGCGAUGGAGAAGGGCUCGCAAGUUUUCCCAAAUCCGGGAUCCGGAACAACACCGCCGCCUCGUGCCUCUGCCGCCUCCUGGUCCCCUCGGAGCUGCGCGGGGCGAUCCCGGAUCCGACUCGGGAAUGAGGACGCGGAAUCGGCAGCAGGCAGGCAAAUCCCAGGCAGUGAGGAGGCGGGCCCUGAAAUGAACAAGAAGGAUUUCAUGAGAAAAACCCAGCCAAGCCAUUCACAGAGCAGAACCGAGACGGAAGAGUUAAAAGCAUCGCAGAGCUUCGGAGAGGGAGAGGGAAGCGACUGGGGACAAAUAAAGCUUUCAGAGAACAACAAACUAUCAACGUUAUCAUCCAGUGCCGCAGCAGCAGCAGAAUCCAAACCAGCAGCCGUGUACGUGAACCCGUGCGUGCUGGAGGAGAGGGACUGGGAAUCCCGGUUCGCCGUGCUGGAGAUGGAAGACUCGAGCGACGCGGGGGCCGGGCAGCGCAAGGCUAAGGGGGCGGCGCGGUCAAGGCGGUGCAAGCCUGCCGCCAGUGCUGCUGCUGCUGCUGCUGCUGCUGCUGGGAAGAGGGAGGUGACGACCGCGCUAGUGUGCGCUGAGACAGCCUGCCCUGAUCUGACUCACACGGAGGCGGAGGGAAGUCUCCAGGGAGCAGCUGGGGCAGGCGGACAUACAGAUCCUGCCUCGGCCGCCCAGGAUCGAGAGGAGGGGGGACCCCACCCCUGUACCCCAGCUGCUGUCCAGGGGAGCCCCGAGUCUGAGAGAGAGGACGUGGGGGCCACACAGAGCUGCGAGGAUCACAGCGAGUGGGACUCUGAGUUUCUGCAGAGCUGCUCCACGCAGCGCUUCCCUGACUCCUGCUCUCUCCCGGCUCCGCUCCCUGUCCUUGGGACAGAGUCCGGUGGUUCUGCCCUGGAGCUGCCUCUCUCCAUCGGCUCCAUCUCGGACUCGCAGCUCCACGAGAUCACACUGGGGGAGGCGAUGCCCGAGCCCCGGUCCCAGUCUCUGCAGGACUACGAGGACGCCAGCGAGCUGGUGUGCGGACUCAUAGAGGAGCUCUCGCAGAUCAACCGGCUCAUCAUGCUGACUCACCGGGAGCUGCAGUCUGGAAGGAACCCCCGCAGGGCCAGGCUGGGCUGGAGGGGAGCUGCUCGCUACACCGCCAACCCCAAGGACCUGUAACCCCGCUGGGAGACGCAGCGCCAACCCCAAGGACCUGUAACCCCGCUGGAGACACACCGCCCACCCCAAGGACCUGUAACCCCGCUGGAGACACACCGCCCACCCCAAGGACCUGUAACCCCGCUGGGAGACGCACCGCCAACCCCAAGGACCUGUAACCCCGCUGGAGACACACCGCCCACCCCAAGGACCUGUAACCCCGCUGGAGACACACCGCCAACCCCAAGGACCUGUAACCCCGCUGGAGACACACCGCCAACCCCAAGGACCUGUAACCCCGCUGGAGACACACCGCCAACCCCAAGGACCUGUAACCCCGCUGGAGACACACCGCCCACCCCAAGGACCUGUAACCCCGCUGGAGACACACCACCCACCCCAAGGACCUGUAACCCCGCUGGGAGACGCACCGCCAACCCCAAGGACCUGUAACCCCCCUGGAGACACACCGCCAACCCCAAGAACCUGUAACCCCGCUGGAGACACACUGCCCACCCCAAGGACCUGUAACCCCGCUGGGAGACACACCGCCAGAGCAGGGCCGGCAAACUCCAGUCCUCCAGGUUUUCAUUCCAACUUGAGCGCUUGAGUUUCACUUCAUUCCUCUAACUUAUUUGUUCAAUCGGACAUCCUUGUGAGCGACUCUGCAGCAGCAGCAGUUGUGAUGCAUCGCUCACCCCCUGGUCUCUGUAAGUCGCUUUGGACAAAAGCGUCUGCUACAUGACUCCUUUUUAAUAAGAAUUUUUUUUUUAAAUUGACAGUUUAAAAAAAAUGUCCUUGAUUCAAAGUGUGCACGAGCUGUGAAACAUUGUGAGACCGGGGAGAGAGAAGUGUUUAAUGUGUCCAAUUCGUCAAAUAAUUUAGAGCAAUUAAGUAACUGAGAGCUUGGGGUGGAAGGAAAGCCAGAAGCCGCCCUGCCCCCCCUGCCCUGCACAAGAGGCACCCGCAGACA